AUGGGCGGCGGCCCGAACAUGCAGGGCAUGAGCGAGCAGGAGCAAGCGAUGGUGAAGCUGAUGUACGGCGCGAUGGAAUCCUGCCCCGUGAAGACGGUCAUCUCGGGUACGAUGGGUUUCGGUCUGGGUGGUGUGUUCGGUUUGUUUAUGGCUAGUAUGUCCUACGACUCCACCUUCACCCCCCAAGGCAAAGCGAUCAUGGACCUCCCCUGGCGCGAACAGGUCCGCCGCGGCUUCAAGGACAUGGGCUCGCGCUCGUGGUCGUCGGCCAAGAACUUCGGCAUCGUGGGCGCGCUCUACUCGGGCACCGAGUGCUGCAUCGAGGGCCUGCGGGCCAAGAACGACCUCACCAACAGCGUCGCGGCGGGGUGCAUCACCGGCGGGAUUCUGGGGGCCAAGGCCGGGCCCCAGGCUGCUGCGGCGGGGUGUGCCGGUUUCGCGGCGUUUAGUGCCGCCAUUGAUGCUUAUAUGCGGAUGCCGGCGGAUGAUGAUUAG